AUGCAAAAUACAGACGGAGUACCAACAACAGAACAAAUUGAAUUAUAUGUUCCAAGAAAAUGUGCUGCCAGUAAUAAAAUCAUCGCAGCUAAAGAUCAUGCUGCUAUUCAAUUGGAUAUUGCUGAAGUUGAUGAACAUACAGGACGAAUUACAGGAAAAAACCGUACAUAUGCCUUAUGUGGCUCAAUUCGAAUGAUGGGUGAAGGAGAUGAUUCAAUUUUACGAUUGGCUGCAAGAGAUGGUUUUGUUGGAAAAGGAUAUUUUGCUAAAGAAUCAAAAUAA